AGAAGAAGAGGAAGAAGAAGAAGGACGAGGAGGAGGAGGAGGAGGAGAAAAAGAAGAAGAAGAAGAAAGAGGAACGUGACCGUCAUCAUUGGAAGGGUGUUCGACGAGGAAUAAACGAAUGAGGAAGAAAGACGCGCGUGAUAAAAAAGGGUGCCAGAAUUGAUAGAGGAAGGAGAGAAAGGUAGAGCACAUAAGAGAUAGAAGAAGAUUGUGGAAAGAGCGAGAGUGAGAGAAAAAGGGGGUAAAGGGGAAAGAGGGGAAAGAGCGAGAGAGAAAGAUAGGGGGAGCGCGUGGAAAACGGGGGUGAUAUACGCGAGUGAGUUGUACGUGUAACGCGGGUGGUGCGCUUUGGUGCCGCGAGUGAAAGAAAUGCGCGCGUGAGAGGGUGUCUCUCGAGCCUCCCUCAGAACGUGCGAGCACACCAACAUAUCUUCGUUUCCGCGAGUUUUUUGACGCAACCCAAAGACGACGAGUGUGCCUACCGCGUCGACGCGCGUAUCGAAAGUUUCGUGCUUUCGAAGGAGGGACGGCCAUAUUAAUCCGUAAACCCCGCCGUCCGAAGCUCAUUCCAAAAAGAUUCUGUGUAUUUUCUCUGAAAACCAUCACUAACACAUACACACCAUUGGAUAUACAUAACGCUGCAAAUUAGAAUUCGAAAUUGAAAGGCUUGUCACGUAUUCUGUGAUAUGUGUGCGUGCGCACUCAACAACUAAUCUCAAACGGUUUGUUAAAUAAAAAAAAAAAGAAAAGGAAAAACAGGAGAAUUAAACGACAAGUUCUACUAUACGCACGGUUCGGUUCCACGUCCUUUCGGAUGACGGUACGUAUAGCUGGUGUGUGUGCGCGACGGUACAAGUGUGUACGAGCGUGUGCGAGCGUGUGCAAGCUGUCUCUUACGCCGCCCGAUGUCCCUGUGCCGUCCUCGUCGUACCGAAGCAAGUCAGCGGUUCACCAAUACCAGCGUGUCCUCUCUUUGCUCCAACGCUACUACUACCACCACCCUUCCUAGGCCCUAUGCUACUCAUGUAGGGCUUGAAGCGACAUUGAGUGACAGCAAAAAGAAGUACGGCGACAAAGUGAAUGCACUUUUGUCUGCCUGGGAGCAUGUCACCAAUUUCAUUCCUGGGGCACCGCCAGAAGCCGCCCAGUCUCUCAUAGAAUGGGCUCACAAACAUACAUUAAAACUGGUAUUGCGCGGGGAGUGGCCAAAGUUGGCACCCGCCACGAGGACGCACCUCAGCGUAACACUACAGAGGUGCGCGUCUCACCUGGUGCAACACCCCGCUGCACCCAGGUGUACCGCCUUGAUAGCUCUAGUGCACAAUCCAUGGACGCAUCCUGCUCUCGACAGCAUACUUAACGGACAACCGGAUUCCGAACAUGAAGAAGAAUUCUGCUGUUCGGAAAAGGGCGAGCUACUGACGAUGAGACUGAAAAUACUUUGCGAGGACCGCUGCGAGGACAUAGCGGUGAACCUCGCCGCGGCGUGCAUACGCUCCCUUAGAAGAAGCGACCGAUUAAGAUCGCUUUCAGAUUCCCAUCACAUUCAUUACAUGAUCGACGUAUAUAUUGUCCUCCUGUACAAAUUGAAACGCACGCAAGAUAUUUUCGCUCAACUAAAAUUAAUGGAUCUUAAUGAUGGACUUGAAUUAGUACAGAGACUCAGUGGAGAAAGACCAACUAAAUAUGGCACAGCUCGUGUUUGGAGAAAUUCUAUAAAAGCUGCGGAAUUGGUAGCUCAGUAUCUCGUAACCGCCGGCAUGGUACGACCGGUAUCGGAAACUGGUGCGAAUAUUUUGGAGCAAAUUUUUAAUUCCUGGGCAUUAUUACAUUCAAAAUUGAAAGAUAUUACACCUACUUUACCCGGGAUGAUUAGAAAAUUAAUAGAACCUGCCGAAAGUGCUCAGCAUAUAUACAUAUUCUGUGCUAUACUUAUCAAGCAUUUCGGCGAUAGUAUAAAGCCAUUGGUGAUCGAGUUAUACAUAAGAGCGUUAACGACUGAUAUGAACGAGCUGGAAAGUCAAAAGGCAAAAUCGGACAAAGAGAAAGUACGAGAAACGGCUAAACGUUUAAGUACGCAAUUUCUCAAAUUGGCUGACAUUGUUGGCAGUAAUAUCGGUAUAGCAAGAGAAUGCGUCUUAACGGCAUUUUCUUUGCAUCCUACCAGAGUUUGUUACGAUAGGAUAAAGGAUAUAGCGAUAGCCUGUGGAAAAACUAAGCAAGAUGAUGGUUGUUCAUUGAACGACGUUAUUGAAAAUGAAAAACUUCCAAAUUCGUUGACAAAAGAUCAUUCGACAGCAGCGUUGUCGAUGGGCAAAAAAAGUGAAAAGAACGUUACGGAAAGGGCAGCAGCAGGCAUUUCGAUAUCACGUAAUAGUAGCGUCCUAGAAUCUUUGUCGUCGUCGUCGUCGUCGUCGUUGUCGUCGUCGUCGUCAUCGUCGCCGUCGCCGUCAACGUUAACGUCCUCCUCUUCUGUUACCACAAAUACCAGCACCGCAACAAGCAUUACUGCUACUUCUACUUCUACCUCUACAUCUAAUACAACCUCCACAACAUAUUCUUCCUCUUCAUUAGUUGCGACGAUAGCUGCUUCGUCGUUUUUGUCGAAUACGAUAAUGACCAUCGCAACGCCGCCGCCAAUAACUGCAGUGACAAAAAAGCCGCCCAUCGAUUUUCAGAACGGUCAAGUAUCAAAGACCUUCGAGCGUACGGAUCAAUUGUUAAAAAGUAUGUUAACGGCGUCGCGAAAAAACGAAAACAUACCGCUAAACGAAAAGUGCCUGUUACAUCCGAAAAAAAGUUCCACUACUGAUGAUGGCCCGUUGGGUGAGCUAUGUUUCAAUUGUGGCGAAUUCACCGGUGACGAAACAUCUAAUAACAAAUCUCCUAAGACAGCGGAAAACGUUGAAAGAACAUUGGACGCUUUGAUCUUGAUUAAGGGAGACGCUGUUACGGGAUCGGCGAAUUAUGAUGAAAAAUCUGUACCAAAUCAAGUUCUCGAUGCCGAGAAACUUGGCCUCUCGCCACAGUUAUGCGACGAUUUAUCGGUUGUUCUCAGUAGUCCGAGGUAUCAUAUGCUUAGUUGGGUACUGGAUUGGAAAGAAUUGAACAAUUUGUGCGAGAGAUAUUUGGAGAACGCGGAAGAAAUGCGGAAUACGAAUAAAGAGUUGAAGUAUCUCAAUAUUGAUUAUUCCCAGUUCAAAGAUUGGCCCUCGGAAGAUGACACGAAGGAUGAAUUUUUUGGAAUUGAAAAGGGUUACGAACAAUGGGUCGAUUUACCUUCCGACAGUUCGGAACAAUUUGGUAGUUUUCAACCAGCAGGAGGGUACAAAAGAUCUUCGACGAGACGAAGUUUGGACGACACCUCUACGACAGAUUCGGACAGUGGAAGUGGUGUGCUGCGCGUUAGAAGGACAGGAAGGCAACGUAAAGUUCACAGGCUCGAAUCUUCUGAAAGCGAUUAUGACAGCACUGAACGUAGUAAACCGAAACAUUUUAGAAAUCGUGCUAGCUCUGUUUCCGAUUCCGAUAGUAACACGCAAGAUAGCCAAACCGAUAGUCUCGGUAGUGAUGGUUGUAGAUUGGAAACUAAAAAGAAAUCUAACAAAUCUUCUAAUAAAGACAUUGGUAAGAAACGAAUCAAACCGUCGAAAUUAACCGUAGAUUCAGUUUCGCAUUUUCACAUGUUGGUGAACGAAAAUGUCAGGCAUACAUCUUCCCACGAAGACGCCAGCGGUUCCGAUGUAAGUACCAAUGAUAUAAUAACCCUAUUUUCUGCUGAUAUGGAUGAAAGCAAACGGGAAACUAUCAAAGGAUCGGCUUAUACGGCGGCAGCACCAUUAAUUAUAACUGAAAGAAGAAGUGAUCCUGCGGUACUGAAAUCUUUGAGAAUGUUUAGGCCACAGAAUGCGAAAAAACCGACAAGGAUAGCACAGAUAUUGCAAAAGAAUUUGCUUAAUAAAAGCAAAGACAAUAAAUUAAACGAAGAAGCCAGUAGUGUAGCCAAAUUUGCGCCAAUGCUGAGUACGUUGAAUUUAAGUCCAAAAAUUGUAUUGACUAGAGCAGAUGAAAUUGACAGGAAAUUAGUUCGUUCGAAAAAACAACAACGGCUUAGUACCGGCGAUAUCACUAGCGAAUUGAUUAAUAUACAAAAGACCAUGCCCUUCUCGCCUAACAAAAAUGUAAUGACUACGUUUCAAAAACAAAAGAAUUGUACUGGCAAUAAUUCGAGUAAAACUGAUUUAGUGGGUACCGUCGUAGAUAGUCGUGAUUUAAGCUCCGUUAAAUCUAAUUUGGGUAAAAACAAAUUUGAUAUUCUUGCAAAGGCAGUCAGAGACUCGGAUAUAUUAGCAAAAAAUGUACCAGGUUUGAAUUCCUUAGAUAUGAUGGUACCACCUAGGGUUCGAUCAACCGUAAACGUUGUACAACUUUCUAGAAACAUUCCACAGAGUCCUAAUUCAGGUUCUACAAAUAGUGGUAAUACGCCUCCAAGACCGAAUAGAACACCAAGCGUAGCUGGAAGUAUUCAAUUACCUGGUACGCCUUCUUCCGGUGGACACGAUAGCGGUGUCGGGAUGAGCCCAGCCGGUCAAACACCACCACCUAGAUCAUCUGCUUUGCCUGACAUAGGCGAGGAAGCUAAUCAGCCACCAGAUAAUACAUCUUCAACGACUCCAACGAAUACGAUUCAUUUCGAUUCCGAUUCAACUCCAAGAACGACAACGACAACGACGACGACGACGGUAACUAUGCGACGUGCUAGCAGUCAACAUCAAUCUCCAAAGAAAUCUCCUUCGCCUUGUUCGGCAGCGACAACAACUAUAACGAUAACGACCACAACAACGACAUCAUCGUCUUCACCGUCGCCAUCCUCAACGGUCGUACCAUCAUCAUCUUCUAUCGGAUCCGAACAAUUACAAAUAGUAUGCAAACCUGACGGUACUUACCAAUUGGCUUCGGUUAAUCCUAACGUAUUGACCAAUCAAAGAAACGUCCUUACCUUGCAGAACUUAGAUGACGGAAACGUUGGAAAUUUUUCACGGCAGACGGCGCAACGUAGUAACACGGAAGCAACUAAUAACUCGAGUAACAGAAAUACCUACGACAGACUACCGUCGGUCAAAGUAUCUUCCCAACCAGGUCAAAAUGCAGGCUUGCCAAAAUUUCAACAAGCAUUCGGUAGAACGAUUUACACAUUAUCGACUGAUACGAGUAGCGGAACGGUAACUACAACGGAAGCACUUGUUCAACCAGCGUCUACGCAAAAGACAACAAAUCUUUCAAAAGCUGUACAAACGUCGGUACCUAACGCACAACAGACUAAUUCGGCGACAGGUAUCAAUGUACAAUCAAUAACCAACAUACCUAAUUUACAAUUAUCUACUGGCAGACAAAUAUUGAAUAUCGUUCAAAGUUCAAGCGGUAACGCAAACGCGGGGACGAAUUUAAAUACAAAUCAAGCGUUGACGCAGCUCGUACAAAGCGUGCAGAACGCUUCCCCAGGUGUAAUAUAUACGCACAAAAUACCAGUUACGAUAUCAACCACAAAUCCAAGCCAGAUAAAUAUCAUACCAACGAUAUCUCAUGCUAAUUCUAUACCAACAGGUAGAACGCCGGUAGUAAAGUUAAAUAUUAUCCGUACCGCUGCUCCUUUACGACCGCAAAGUAUUACUGGUACGAUACAGGCCGUACUUACGACUCCUAGAUUGCAACAACAAGCUCAACAGAAUGUCAGAACUGACAAUUUGUUGAGCCCUCCAAUAGAGGUACCGAAUCAAGUAAGUUCAACGACUUUGGAACAACUGCGAGAAUUUGAAAGUGUUUUGGAGCAAGUUAAGGAAAGGAGUACUAUUCAGCCUCAAUCACAUCAAUCUUUAUCAUCUACGACAACUACUACCGUACAAACGCAAACAACAACGCAAUCGAAUAAACAACAACCACAGCCACAACAACAACAGCAGCAGCAGCAACAACCGCCACCGCAACAGCAGCAGCAGACACAACAACAAGUAUCCGUUAGCGCGCUUGCUCAACAACUUUUGAUGCCAGCGCAACCAAGCGGCAAUAAUGAAUUUUCCGGUAACGGUAACAACGUUACAUUUCAACAGGACGUGUUUUCUCAAAAAGUUUCACUGGCUUAUGUAAAUCAAAAUGCGGCAAGUGGUGGUGGCGGCGGCGGCGGCGGCACUGCUGCUGCUGCUAAGGUAUCGAAUUCUACGCCAGUAGUUGUGGUAACGAGUUAUUGUCAACCCGUAGCUUCGCCAGCAUUAAGUGUUACUUCUCAAAGUUCGUCGAGUCCGUGCGUAACUCCUGCACCUGCUCCAAUUCCAUCGGCUGGUAAAACACCUCCUACUCCACCUUCUUCGAAAACAGUUAAGAAAUCAACGCCUAAAACUGUAAAAACAAGUGCGACGAAUACGUCUAAGGCUUCGCCUAUACCGAAACCACAACAAAAGCCACAGGAAGAUGAACAAACGGCGCAAAGGAUUUAUGCUAUUUUAGACGAAUACGCGGAACAGUUAAGAAAUUCACCGGAUCUUAAUAACAAACCCGCUCCGAGAAGAAGAUCCAAUCCACCAACCAAUCCGAGUCAAUCUUCCAAAAGGAAAAAAUCUAGCUCGAGUAAGACGAAACCCGUGGGACAACAAACUUCGGAAUUAAGUCCGAGUACGGAUGAUCUUGGUAGGACAAUGGGGAGCGAAGAUUCUUCUAGUGGUGUAGUACAUGUUCAAGAUAGCCCUGCAGGUUUUGUAACUACCGAAGAAGCAUCUAGUAACGUAACGAACACUACCGAUACCAAUGCCGAAGUACGUAAUCUAACCAACGAUUCUAGCGACGGCGUUGAAUUAAACGUUAAAAGACGCAAUCUCAUAUUUGCCGAACCUGGUACUGGCCAACCAAGAGCUGUUAUCGUUCAGGAAGCUUUACAAACUAGCUCUGUCAGCGUUAGCGAAGCUAUUGCUUCGGUAACAGGAAAAGUAGGAAGUACGGCAGUCUUGGUGCCAGGUACAAACUACAUCUUACCAAUGAAUUUAAUGAAAAGUGGUCAACAAUUUACGAUAGUAUCCAGCGGAUCGAAGUUCCUUGCGACGGUGCCAGCGACGGUUAGGGCUACCGGUAAUACCGGAGUAUCUAAUACACUGGUACUGCAAUCUUUUCUAAAUCAAGCUGGUAAAAUCAUUUCUCAACCUACCCAAGUGAAACAAGUUAAGAUACCAACGUUACAAACCUUAUCAAGCAAUCAAUCCUUAAAUACUACGCAAAAUGUUCAAAAUGCUUCCGUCGUUAUUCCACAAACGGCAACUAGCAAUCAAUUUUCAGGCGAAACUGUUAAUGAAAAAAAUAAUAUAAUAAGUGAUAUCAAUGUGCCGAAAUCAGAUGCAACAGGUUCCGGUGUUGCGGAAUCAGCGACAAGUACUAUCGUGGUUAAUAAAACUAAUCCAACUAUUGGUUUGAUUCAACGAAAUCUUAACGAGAUAUCCGAAAAUCAGCAAAUAUGUAGCGUAAUUACAAGUAAUCCAAAUUUGGCCUUACAGAGUACGAGAUUGUUUAACCCUUCUAUGCAUAAGAUAUCAACGGCCACAGGAUUGAAAGCUGAAAACGUGGUCUGUCUGACACCAACGGGAACUAUUGCUCAUUCGACGGAAAAGAAAGCAUCGCAGGAAAAUCAAACGCAUAAUGAAAAAUCAGUAUCUAUUCAAACAGCAGCUACGAUUGCCUUAGCUUUUACUACACAAUCGACAGAUCCUUUAAUAAAUGGCAGUCAGCAGCAGCAGCAACAAAAGGAUAUUAAAGAAUCUACUUCUGAUAUAAUAUCCGACGCUAAAAUCAUUUCACCUAAAACGGUUAAGAGAAAAAUGGAGGAUGCUGUAAGCAUGCAGGAAAUCGUACCUAGAAACUUAAUCGCUACGAACUCUGUUGUUUGUUCUAACAUCGUUACGUCGUUGCAAAAUAAUACAAAGAUCGGCGAUUCCAUGUCGUCUACUAUUGCUUCAAGCAAUAAAGAUUCGUCGAGUAUCGAAAAUUCAACGCAAUAUUUAGUGACAGGUGGUGGUCCUAGUAGUUCGGACAGUCAGGAAUCUCCGGUUCAACAAUCCAGCGAAUCGGUAGACGUAUCUUGUAAAAUUGGCAAUGGUUUGUUAUAUGAGAAUGCAAGAUUACAAGAGGCAUGGGAACCAGAAGGAAAAGUAUCUCCGGAUACACCAUGGAGGUACGUCCCAGCGUCGACAAAUCCUUUGAGUAUCGAACCAUUAAAGAUAUAUUCGAGAGAAAAUGAUAACUCGGAUAAUGUACAAAGCGUGUUGCAAAUAAUCAAUAAAGGUCAAGGAAUAGAAAUGGCAAGUGGCCAAGUUUAUCAAACGAAUACAAAGAAGUAUUUUAUGAAUCAUACUUUAGAGCCGUUUCAUCAACAGUAUUCGACUAAAAGUAUGAUGAAAAAUCAAUUAAAUCAGAGAUUAGAUCGAGAAUUGCUGCAGCAUAAAAUAGAGAAGAAAACGGCGGCGAUAGAGCGUGAGCUUAGGUUGCAAAAGAGCUUAUCGGAGGAGUGCGAGGAUUUGGGCGUUGACGAGCCAAGUACUAGCGAUUUGUUUCCAGAAGCAGACUUGUUGUUCGAUACAAAUCAUUCACCGUCGUUCGACCAUUCCUCGCAAGACGCAUCUUGCAGUCAAUCACUGGGGAUGAAAUCUUACAGCAGCAGUUCCUAUUUUCGUCCUUUGGACUCCUCGAGCGGUAGCAGGGACGCCAGUCCGGUCGCUGAUUUCAAAUUGAACGAACGUAGAAAGAAUGCGAGCCAACGUACGAGAAGUCUAAAAGAUACGAGCAAAAGAAGGAAGGGUGAUAACAAGGCGGCGGUCGAAUUGCAACCAGAAAAUCCUGCGAAACAUAUGCGCUUCACAUUAGAAAAUUUAAGCCAAGACGAGGAAGAAGGCUCUAACAGUAAUUCGGAUAUAUCAAGACUUUCCCCGACACAUUUACCUAUGUUGGAUAACGAUUCCUCGAAGGAUAUUAGUCGGAUCAAAAUGGACUCGAGGAAUGGUUCGAAAGAAGGCUCGCCGAUCAGUGUAUCCAGUAUUCCAUCGAACAUUAAGUUGGACAUUGACCUUGAUUCGGAAUCAUUGCCACCGAGUAUAAAUGUAAAUAAUACAUCAGCCGCUAGCUCAGGGGACGAGGGUUUAACAUUGCUCGGUGGUAGUACAGCUGACGUAACUAUACCUUCGCCACUCUCGCCUAUCGCCGGACCUCUAUUGUCAACGCACAAAUACACUUACGCGAAUAAAAAGCGUAUAGCCUCGAAAGUUACUAGGAUGGAUUAUCUUUCUUGGGAAAGUCCCAUGUCCGAAAGAACGAGGACGAGUAGCGAUGAGGAGGAGUCCAGUAUUAGCGAUGAGGAUGAUAACGCAUUGACGAACGGUCUCGACGAUGCUCUACAGCAAACAUUAAAAUCCUCAUCAGCCGAUCGACGUUGUACAUAUUUGAAAAAAAAGGACAAGUUACAAGUGAAUGCAAGAGUGGUAUUGAACAGAGCCGAUCACAAAUCAGGUAGUUUCAGUAAACGUGUUAAGCCGACGGAAUCUAUAAUCGAUCCCGUCGUUCUUUGUAGCGACAAAAUUUCCGAAUUAUCGGAGGACGAGACCGGUAAUAUAACGUCAUUAACAGAACCAGAUUGUAGAGCUAGAAGAUCCAGUUUGCGUGGACACGUGAAGAAAGGUUGUGCCUGUUGCAACGGUUCACCUGAAAGACCGAAGAAAAAGACAGUUAAAUCUUCGGAUCAUCGUUUGAAGAAGAGAUUAUCUUCGAAACAGGCCGCCAAGAAAAGGUAGUCCUAGCGAUCUAACGCUCGCUCGUCGUCUUUUUCGUCUUAUCGAUAUAUCUUUACUCUAAGCAUUUUCUUAGAACAUGCUAAGGUAAUGGUAAAACCUUCGAGCGAUCUAAAUAUUAUUCUUAUAGUCAAACUCUUUAUUGCUAAUUGGAAUUAACAUGAGAUUUUUUCAUAUAUAUUAUGUACCUUGACAAGAGUAAGAGACUCGUUUGCGAUCAUCUUUGAUCGCAAUAGGUCCCUCUGAAAAUUGCGUUUGUAAAUAAUUAGAACAUGUGGAAUUUGUAAGAAAGAGAAAAAAGAAUAAGGGAAAGAGAGAGAGGGAACCGGGAGGGGGGGUGGGAAUUUAUUGUUAUUUUUUUUUGUCCUGAAAUAUCUAUCUAGUAUCGAAAAAGAGUCACAUUUAUGAUACGAUUUACAACAAACGGCAAACUCUUCGUACGUACGUACGUACACUUAUACAUAAUAUAAAUAAUAUUAAAAUUGUGUUUAAAUCGCUGGUAAGAUAUAGAGAAAAGAGAGAGACGGACUAUUUAUAGUGUGUUUCUCCAUAAAUUAAAAUAGAUGAUCAUCCUUCUUACAUUAGGUGUUAUUUACUAUACUAGAAUUUAAGGUAAACAGAUCAUUAUGUGGAUGAAAAAUAAUAAUUAAACAAACAAAAAAAUACUUAGAUUACGAUAUUAAGAUCACAUUUAGAGAUGCAAUCUAGUCAAGAAAUAACGCUGAUGAUUUUGAGGAUGAUAAUUAAAGAAUAAUUAAUGAUAUAAACCUGUAAAAACAAUAGGACGACGAUGAUGAUUAUGAUGAUAAUGCUAAUGCUAAUGCUGAUGAUGAUAAUGAUAAUGAUGAUGAUGAUGAUGAUAACGAUUAUGAUGAUGCUAAUGGUAACAAUGACGACGAUGACGACGACGAUGAUGAUGAUGAUGAUGAUGAUGAUGAUGAUGAUGAUGAUGAUGAUGAUGAUG